AGUCCAAGAUUCAAAGAGGGGGGGGAUCCGCAUAAAGGGAAUAGCUGCUGACUGCUACUGUUAAUAAUCUGCGAAUCGUUUCAGUGUUAACAUCCUCGAUAUAAUUAUAAAAACAGAGUAAGAAAGUGGCAGUUUUGGCUUUUAUGAUAAGGGGUCAAAGCUCAAGCAUGGCGCCUGCGGCGGUCGCUGUUUUCGUAAUAUGUCUGUUCGUAGAAUCGUUCUCAGCUCCGAACGGGUGUAUCAGAUGUGUGACAUCGAAUACUCGCGAUGCCUACCAAACAAACAGUGGAUACGAUUGGGUAAAUAGCAACAAAUUAUCGCAGAGAUCAGAAAACUUGGAAGAUUUGACACAAACAGUAGAGAGUGAGCUCGCUGGAUCUCACAAUCAGUUAGCCUUUGACAAUACCAGGCCUGGAAACUGGACGGAUGUGAAUCAGUAUCGAACAGCUGACGGUCAUGGUAGGGUAUACGAAGAGCAAGGUCAACGAGUUCAAGGACCAAGCCGAGUGAGAUAUUACAAAAAAAAUUCAACCUCCAGCUACAGCAGCGGAAACCUAGAUGGUGUUGAAGCACCGUCUUUAUCUAGGUUCGAAUCUGAGAACAUUGGAUACGGUAGUGGUUCAACAGCGCGGUAUAGUUUUGGCCGGGAACAGAACUCUGCUUACGAUCAAUCUGCAAUCCGUGAAAAUUCAUACGCUUCGCAGGGCCCUUUGCAUUCGGCAAAUCCACUCACUAGUUCGAAUGAAAGACUAGAAAGUCAUCGCCGACGUGUUUUUAGCAGUCAGUUUGGGGAAAAUGAUUACGGUUUAAACAGUCAGUCGACGCAGCAAGGAUUGUCUGAGCAGGAACGACUGAGGCCAAGAAACUGGACCACAGCUAACACCUAUAGAACUGACGGAGGUAACGGCAGGGUGUACGAAGAACGAGGACAAAUUGUUACAGGACCGCGACAAGUUCGUUUCUACAAGAAAAAUUAUACCUCGACUUACAGCUCGGGUGAUGGGUUUCCACACGUAAUUCCAGAGUCUGAUGGAGCUACAAACUUUGAAAAGCAAGAACAGCAAUUGCAGAGAGAGAUUAAUCUUAUAGGGUCAGAGGUUUAUCAACCUGGUCAUCGUCCCUCAAAUAGUUAUUAUGCGCAGCAACCUUCUGGAAAUUAUGGGCAGACGAGUCACACUGUGGACGGUACAAACGUCAGACAGGUGUCAAGAACAGGUACUCACGGGUCGCGGUACUACAAUAACUUGGGAUUAGAUUCCCAGCAAACACAGCAUCGUGCUGUUGACAGCGAAAGUCAACGUCUACUUCAGACCGAGAGUAGUUCUAAUGGGCAAAUAGAAAGUGGAAACCAAAGGGGUCAAACUUAUGGCUACAUGACCGGCAGCUAUGACAAUACCAAUGGAUAUGGUACCGAGGGAGUACGAAGAACGAUUUACCCACAAUCAAAUAUUCGGCAAACUCAGCGUCAUUAUCUUUCUCGGUCUGAGCUAGAAGAAUACAUGCGCAAUUAUGGAUCUCAAGGUCGGAACCAAGGUCCAUUGUCUACCGGUGAUUUGAAUCGUGAGCAGCAAACCCAGCAUUCUGUAUCACAUAACGCAAGAAUACGACCAGGCCAACUACGGCAUUACGAUCAAUUUCAAACCACCUCCUCACAGUCGUCGUCACAGUAUCCCAAUAUUGAUCGAAGAUUUCUUCAAGCUGAUGAGAAUGGAGCAACACAACAGAUACAUGGUGUGAGCCAGGAUCAAACUGUCAGUAAUAAUUAUAACAGGAAUUACAGAAUUCAAUCUGGAACACUAAGUACACAGGGUAUUGAUUUAGGGCAGCUGGCACAUGGACCUGAUUGUACAGACACUGCACAUGGACAUACCUUGUAUCAGCAAUCCCAAUAUCGUACACAAUAUAGACGGAAUACUAAGCCUGAAGAUUUUGGUCAACAAACCCAACAAGUCAACCAGCAUACGGAAGAUCUUACCCAGCAAACACAGGACCUUACCCAACAGACGGAGGACUUUAGUCAACAAUCGCAGGGUGUCAUUCAGCAAUCGGGAGAUCUUACCCAACAAACAGAGGAUCUUACCCAGCAAACACAGGACCUUACCCAACAAACGGAGGACUUUAGUCAACAAUCGCAGGGUGUCAUUCACCAAUUGGGAGAUCUUACCCAACAAACAGAGGAUCUUACUCAACAAACGGAGGAUCUUACCCAGCAAACACAGGACCUUACUCAACAAACGGAGGAUCUUACUCAACAAACUGAGGAUCUUACCCAGCAAACACAGGACCUCACCCAACAGACGGAGGACUUUAAUCAACAAUCGCAGGGUGUCAUUCAGCAGUCGGGAGAUCUUACCCAGCAAACACAGGACCUUACCCAACAAACGGAGGACUUUAGUCAACAAUCGCAGGGUAUCAUUCAGCAAUCGGGAGAUCUUACCCAACAAACACAGGACCUUACUCAACAAACGGAGGAUCUUACUCAACACACUGAGGAUCUUACCCAGCAAACACAGGACCUUACUCAACAAACAGAGGAUCUUACUCAACAAACUGAGGAUCUUACCCAGCAGACGGAGGACUUUAGUCAACAAUCGCAGGGUGUCAUUCAGCAAUCGGGAGAUCUUACCCAACAAACACAGGACCUUACUCAACAAACGGAGGAUCUUACUCAACACACUGAGGAUCUUACCCAGCAAACACAGGACCUUACUCAACAAACAGAGGAUCUUACUCAACAAACUGAGGAUCUUACCCAGCAGACGGAGGACUUUAGUCAACAAUCGCAGGGUGUCAUUCAGCAAUCGGGAGAUCUUACCCAACAAACAGAGGACCUUACUCAACAAACGGAGGAUCUUACCCAGCAAACACAGGAUCUUACCCAGCAAACACAGGACCUCACCCAACAGACGGAGGACUUUAAUCAACAAUCGCAGGGUGUCAUUCAGCAGUCGGGAGAUCUUACCCAGCAAACACAGGACCUUACCCAACAAACGGAGGACUUUAGUCAACAAUCGCAAGGUGUUAUUCAGCAAUUAGGAGACCUUACCCAACAAACACAGGGCUUUACUCAACAAACGGAGGAUCUUACCCAGAAAACACAGGACCUCACACAACAAACAGAGGAUCUUACCCAGCAAACGCAGGACCUUACCCAACAGACGGAGGACUUUAGUCAACAAUCACAGAGUGUUAUUGAGCAAUCGGCAGACCUCACUCAACAAACUGAGGAUCUUACCCAGCAAGCACAGGAUCUCACACAGCAGAUACGAGAUUUCAGGGAACUCCCUCAACAAACACAAGGAUACAUUCAACAAUUGCAAGAUUUGACUCAAGAGACAGAAGAUCUUCCUCAACGAACAGAAGGAUUUAUCGUAGAAUCCGGAAACCUUGCCCAGCAAGCUGAGGAUCUUACCCAACAAACUGAGGAUUUUACCCAGCAAACGGAAGAUCUUACGCAACAAACUGUAGAUAUGACACACAGUCUUCAACCAGAAUCUGGAAAUUUCAUUGAUGUAGGGGAGCCAAACUAUGUGCCACAUGUAUCAAAUUUUAAAGAUCUGCAUCAAUCAUUUUUCGAUCGCGAAAAACAAGACAAUAGUCGUCAACAGAGAGAGAAGUUCUCUCCACAAGAGAAAGAUCUCACCCAACAAACACAAGAUCUCAACCAAGAAACACAGGGACUCACUCAAGAAACGGAAGACCUUUCACAGCAAAUUACUGGUGGAAAUGCAGACUUUGGACAGCAGUCUAAUUGGGGCUUUGAUCGUUUCCAAAUCGGAGAUCAACAGGUUGAAGAUCCAAACCAAAGAACACAGGGUCUUACUCAAGAACCGGAAGACCCUUCACAGCAAAUUACUGAUGGCAAUGCAGACUUUGGGCAGCAGUCUAAUUGGGGCUUUGAUCGUUUUCAAGUUGGAGGUCCACAGGUUGAAGAUCUAAACCAAAAAACACAAGGUCUCACUCAAGAAACAGAAGACCCUUCACAGCAAAUUACUGGUGGAAAUGCAGACUUUGGACAGCAGUCUAAUUGGGGCUUUGAUCGUUUUCAAGUUGGAGGUCCACAGGUUGAAGAUCUAAACCAAAAAACACAAGGUCUCACUCAAGAAACAGAAGACCCUUCACAGCAAAUUACUGGUGGAAAUGCAGACUUUGGGCAGCAGUCUAAUUGGGGCUUUGAUCGUUUUCAAGUUGGAGGUCCACAGGUUGAAGAUCUAAGCCAAAAAACACAAGGUCUCACUCAAGAAACAGAAGACCCUUCACAGCAAAUUACUGGUGGAAAUGCAGACUUUGGACAGCAGUCUAAUUGGGGCUUUGAUCGUUUUCAAGUUGGAGGUCCACAGGUUGAAGAUCUAAGCCAAAAAACACAAGGUCUCACUCAAGAAACAGAAGACCCUUCACAGCAAAUUACUGGUGGAAAUGCAGACUUUGGACAGCAGUCUAAUUGGGGCUUUGAUCGUUUCCAAAUCGGAGAUCAACAGGUUGAUGAUUUUAGUCAACAAUCAACAAGUAACUCAGAAAUUUACAAUGGAAAUUUAAAUCAAUUCAGACAAGAACCAGUACUGGGCUACCCAUCACAAGUAGGAAUACAGCCUGCACCGAAACCAAAACCAAAACGUCCAAAACACAGAAACUCUUAUCCCACCCAAGAAUUCUCCACAGAACAAGAACAGCCAGUAACGGAUAACGUACAGAAGAGUGCUACAGAAAUCAGGGUAUCUGCAACAUCAAACAGAGGAGAUCAACCCAGUUAUGACACAAUUACCGAUACAGAACUAUACGAUAGGGAUGAGUUGCAUCGAGUUCAGCCAACUAAAACUGGGGGUCGCCGGAGAAAUGGGUAUUAUGGUGUUCAACGCAAGCCUCAAGUUAACCAACGACAACAUGGGGAUGAUUCACUAGUAGAGCAUGUUCUAAACGAGGUAACGACCAGCCAAGAACCAACUUUAAGGUACACCCACAUAAAUCAACUUCAGGUGAAGAACCAACAAAAUUCAGGUGAUUCGAACGCAAAUCCAGAAAAUGUACAACCGAUUCCUCAGAUUGAAUCCAGAUUUGUAGAAGCAUACGGAGCAAACGGACCAUACAACACUGACCAUGAUCCAGAUUUAUUUGAUGCUGUUACACCAAAUCCGAGUACAAGAUUGCCACCUCUUAUUGACGACAAGCCUCCUUUCGACGUUAUUUGGUCCAGUAUAGUUCCAAAAAUUUUUACUAGUACUGCUGCUCCACCUACAACACCAGAGCCCGCAACUACGACCACCGAGGUCUCAAUUCCAACAACCACUGAGCCCCCAAUUUCUACAACUACAACACCCGACCUCCCAACUACAACUGCUGCUCCCUCGUUCUGGCGUAGAUUUGGAAACAGAGUCAGUAACACAAUAGAGAAAGCCAAGGAACGUGCAAGAAGUUUCUUUGGUUAAUUAGUGCUUAUGAAUGACUGCAGUUUUCUUAGUAGUUCUACUAAAUAUCAACAUUCUUUCAUUUCGACUAAAAAUAAUGGUACAGUCAUAACUAGUUCAGAGUUAAUAUCAUAGCUAUUUAUCAAUAAUAUAAAUGUAGGACGUUUUAACAAAAGGUGAGACCAAAGAAUCUUACGCACCAUGAGUUACUACAAACAGUUCACAUUUCGUUUUUUUCUUUCGCGCUAUAUUUUGCUUCUAAGCCGUUCGAUGCUUUGUAGGUAUUCUUACUUGAAGGUCAAUUUUUUUUAUGAAGUCAACUAUUGCCGAAAUUUGUAUACUGUGUCAGGUAGUCAAUGGU